AUGUACGCCCAUCCGAGAUCGACACCUACCAGGUUCCUGCCUGCCAUCAACACCAUGGCUUCAAGCUAUAAGAACUGUUUCCCUGACUUCCCCUUGCCUCAGAGCUUCAGCCUCCCUUGGAUGCCCACAGCCUACUAUAAAGCAGCUGCCAUCAACCCAGCUUUGGCUCCCUUUUCCAAAAGCUCCCAGGGGUCAACCUCCAGCAGGAAACUUCCUUCGGUUUCCACCAGAACAAACUGCUACACCCCUGACGACUGGUACAGGGCCAACCUGACCAACUACAAAAAGUCGGAGACUUGCUGGCACAACGCAGAGCAUCUGACAGUUGAUACCUCCUGCAUGAUUAAGGGCAAAUACCGGCGGACAAGGAAAGCCCAAGCAGAAAGCACCAAAAACCUGGGAAGACGUGUCAACGAUAUAGAAUUUUGGAAGGCAGAGCUCUGCUGUGAGUUGAAUGAGAUCAUCAGGGAGACAAACGGGCUCACAGACAUGAAAAAACAACUGGAGAGGGCCUUGGCUGAGACAGAGGCCACUUUGCAGGUCACUCAGGAGUGCUUGCUUCACCGGGAGAAGAGGAUGGGCAUCGACCUAGUCCAUGACGACGUGGAGAAACAGCUCUUUGUAGAAGCUGACGUCAUCAGGUCCUGCCAGGAGAGGAUGCAGCAGCACCUGGAUAAGGCAAAAACCCAGAUUGCGUCUAACAGGAGGGCCCAGCACGAGCUAGAGAGGGACCUGGCCAACAAGCAGGCAGCCUACCACAUCGACAAGUGCCACAACCUGAGGAACACCUCCAAGGGCAUCAGCUACUACCGAGGGCUGGAGCGGGUCAAUGCCACGAUCUCGGUGCCGGAGUCGUGGGCCAAGUUCACGGACAACAACAUCCUCCACUCCCAGAGCGAACGGGUGGCCUCGGCCAAGCUGCGGGCCUACAUUGAAAAUCUGCUGGUGGCAGUGGCCAACGAGAUGUGGCGUCAGUUCAACAGGGUGAACGUCACCUUCACCAAUUGCAUCGCUGAGACAGCCAAUGCCAAGAACAAGAUUCAGAUCCACCUGGCCAAGACACUGCAGGAAAUCUCCCAGACCAAGGCGAACAUAGAAGAGAUCCAAACAGCCAUUAGGCACAUACAGCCUCCGUUAAAAGUGGCUCAGACCCGGCUGGAUAAGCGCACGUGGAGACCAGACAUAGAGCUGUGCCGGGACACUGCCCAGCUCCGCCUUGUCGAUGGGGUCCAUGAAACCGAUGAGACAAUCCAGAGCCUUCAGGAGCAGCUGAGAGACACCAACAGCAUGCUGCAAAUGCUGGUUCAUGCCAAGUCGGUCUUGGAGCAUUACGUGGCCGUCAAAGUCAACUCACUCUUCAUCGACGAGGUGAAGUGCUUGGGGAUCCGCAAGACCUUUCCCAGUGCUGUGCGGCGGGUGGGUUACAUUUAG